UGAGUCUAGGACGCAAAGCAAAGCCGACCGCGGCAGCAGCCAGGACUUGGAUGCGGAAACCUUCGUGAGCCAAACAGCAGCAGCGGAACGCCUUCGAAGGAUGGUGGUGCAGGAGCGGGACGAGGUCGAGUGCUCGAAAAGGACAAGGCCAGCUUCCUGCAGGAACGGCAAGCUGUUCCGGGACCGGAAUGGGAUGGAAGGUAGGAAUGUGGAUUCGAACCGGUUGUAUUCGGUGUUGGUGGCCCGGGAUUGGAGGUUGAAGGUCAAUUCCCGCGAGGACUGGGGCGAUAUUAUCGAGGAGAUGGCGCUGCCGCAGCGUUGCAUGAACAACGAGUUUGCGUUGAAGAAGAUUAACGUCUGGUUUUUGGACAAGUACGAGAAAGUUCAUUUUUACGGUGAGUUGACGGAUCCGACGAACAGGAGGACGACUAGCGGCAAAAUCGGAGGUGGUCAGCGCAGAUGUUGCACUCGGUGCAGGCGGUUUACAACACCGCAACUUCCCACCCACAAACACUCACGUCGCGACGGCGCAGCUUCAGCCGAAUGAAUCUGGACAGUGAGCCAAAA